AUGCCCCUUUGGGAUGUCAGUCACUUUGCGCAGGUGUUCUAUGGCAUUCCCUUCAAGCAGGGAGACCGCAUUCUGACAGGUGUCCAUGAGUAUGCAGCCAAUUACAUCGCUUUCCUGCAGGUAGCUAGGAGGACCGGCGUCAGGAUUGAAGUCAUCCCGGAGGACGCCGACAAUGAUGUUGACAUAGCAGCAUUGGAGGACAGCAUUGUACGCGGGGACAGAAAGCCUGCACUGCUGGCAUUCACACACAUCCCCACAAAUUCAGGUAGAGUGUACAGCGCGGAGGCGAUAGGGGCGGUGGCGAAAUGCCAUGGAAUUCCUUUUCUGCUCGAUGCUUGCCAGAGCAUCGGCCAGAUGCCACUGGAUGUCCAAAAAAUUGGCUGUGACUGGUUGAGCGGCACCUCUCGCAAGUACCUGAGAGGCCCCAGAGGCGUCGGGUUCCUGUAUGCUUCAGACGAGGCAGUGAGGAGGUUUGAGCCUGGAACUCUGGACAUGUACGGAGCAAAGUGGACGGCAGAGUCAGAGUAUGUGAUGCUGCCGGACGCCAAACGAUAUGAGCAAUAUGAGAAGUGCUUUGCUGCCGUGGUUGGGCUGGGAGCUGCAGUGCAGUAUGCGAAUGAACUAGGCUUGGACUGGAUUUGGGAUCGGGUGCAGUCUCUUGCAGCAACUCUGCGCGCACAGCUCUCAGAAGUGCCUGGCGUGCAAGUUCAUGACAAGGGGAAAGUCCUGUGCGGCAUUGUCAGCUUCACCAAGGAUGGAAUUGCACCAGGCCAGAUCAAGGCUGCUCUGCUGGAGAGGGGAAUCAAUGUGAACACAUCAUUAAAGUCAUCUACGAGGAUGGACUUUAUGAAGAAUGGACUCCCCGAUGAGGGAGUGGUGCGGGCCUCCGUGCACUACUAUAACACAGAGGAAGAGAUAUCUGCCGUUGUGCAGGCUGUGUUAUCAAUAUUUUGA